AUGGCCUCACCCGGCCUGUCAAGACUUGGGUUGCCCGUAUCGUGCAAUGCCGCCCCCCCUCUUCAAUUGACUCCGCCGAAUGGAGUCGUUGUCCUCUUUGAAGAGAAAAUGGCGCGUGAGCAACAACAACGGCCCUUUGACAUGGCCGUGCACCGGUUAUCGGGGCUCGCUGCCGGCACAUCCAAUGAUAUGCUUCUUUUAUGCGUCUCGGGCAACAACUCCUACCACUUGGUCACCAUCGCCGACACACACACACAGAGACAAGAGCUGAUCCGGGCCAUGGCCGGGAUCUUCAGGACCACAGCGUUGCACCCGCGUCCAGAUCUACAAAAAUGCUCCGUUGGUUCAUGGGGAGGGGGGAAGGCAGCACCUAUGCUGUCGCAGAAUGGGCCGACAUUCAUCUCCAGCUUGGACCUGGCGGUGAUCCCCGGCGGCAUGUCUCGGCCGAAGGGUCCCCCCUCCUUCGGCGAGUUCCGUGACCUACACGGCGAGGUUGAGCAUGCAUUAACGAGGCCCGCUGGUACUGCGUAG